GCCCGAUUUCGCUCCAAACUUCACCUAACUGGAGCUCAGGUUGGUAGGUAGCCAAAAGAACUGAGCGCUGCCUCUUCUUGACGACGUGAUUCCCCUACCGAACAAGCCUCCAAAACUAGGCUUCCUCCAAUCCUGUUUAAAACCAGCGGAACAAGCGAUCGAGCGUAUUUCCUUGGAGCUUCCGGCCGAAGUCUCCCAACGAACAUCCUCCCCGAGCCAACCAUUCGCCUACCCCACUUUUUCCUCGACGCCUUUUGCCAACGAGCUUCAACCGUCCGCAAGCAGGGCGGCCAGGCUUGCGCUCUAGACGCUUCAAGAUGAUGGGCCUCGUGUCUGGCCGUCGCCGGGCGACCUCAAAUGCCAGCAGUCGAUCCUCUGGCGAAGCAACGGAACCUCUCGAAGACGACACUCUCGUCGUGGAACCCGACCAGGGAAAUGUCCUGUCACAUAUCAUUUCCCAGCUGAGGCCCGGCGCCGACCUCAGCAAAGUGGUGUUGCCGACCUUCAUCUUGGAGCCGCGCAGCAUGCUGGAACGGAUCACCAACUUUAUGUGUCAUCCGGAGAUGCUCCUUCCCAUUCCCACCAUUGAUGACCCCGUCCAAAGAUUUGUCGCGGUGGUGAAGUUCUACCUUAGUGGCUGGCACAUCCGUCCCCCAGGAGUCAAGAAGCCCCUGAACCCUAUCCUCGGCGAGAUCUUCACCUGCUCCUGGGAGUUCCCCGACAACACGAGGGCCUAUUACAUCGCCGAGCAGACAUCGCACCACCCGCCCAAGUCGAGUUACUUCUACAUGGUCCCGGGCCACAAUAUCAGGGUCGACGGGACUCUCAAGCCGAGGAGCAAGUUUCUGGGCAAUUCUGCCGCCAGCAUGAUGGAGGGGACGGCCAUUUUGUCCAUCUUGAACAGGGGAAAAGAUCCCGUGAAGGGCGAACGAUACACCCUCACGCAGCCGAAUAUGUACGCCAGGGGCAUUCUCUUCGGCAAGAUGAAAUACGAGCUGGGGGACCACAGCUACGUCCGAUGUCCAGAAACGGGCUUGUCGGCCGACAUCGAGUUCAAGACCAAGGGCUGGGUUAGUGGCACGUAUAACGCCAUCGGCGGCACUAUCAAGAAUGACCGUACUGGCGAAGUUUUAUACGAGCUCUCCGGGUUGUGGAGUGAGGAAAUGUUCAUCAAGAAUGUGAAGACCGGACACAAAGAAAUGUUCUUCAACGCUCUCAAAUCCAAACCUAGCCCGCCUAUAUGCCGGCCCUUGGAGGAGCAAGACGAACGGGAAUCGCAACGGCUAUGGGCCAAGACGGCCCGGGCAGUGAAGAAGCGCAACCAUGAGCUCGCGACCGAGGAGAAGACCAAAGUCGAAGAGCUGCAGCGCGAGGAAGCUGCCAAGAGGGCGAAUGACGGCGUGGAGUGGCGCCCCAGGCUAUUCAGAAGGGUCAAGGGCGGCCCGGGCGGCCCGGAAGAGGGCGAGGAAGAACUCGAGUGGAUCAUCAACGCCCAAAUGUCGGACGGCUCAAUACCCUGCUACCGGUUGGACGUGACGUGCUAACGCCGUGGCAGAGACGGAGCGACACCCGAGAAGCAAGCGGCGCAGAUACUGGCGAUCUACCCGAUUGUCAAGGGUCAAAAAUUCAAUCAGAAAAACGCGAUACCUCACCGGCCCUCGCUAUCUGACCCUGGCGCCGGGCCGAAGGAGCACCA